CACUUGAACUGCAAAAUAAUCGAAACGCAGCCACCAUGUUGGUAACCGCCGACUCGAGGAACAAACUCGAAGACCUGUCCGGAAUAGUUCUGCAGCCCGGAGAGAACCCCUAUAAUGCAUUGAUCAAAGCGUGCGACGGCAGGGAGGUCGAGAUACAGAACUUAUACUCGACGCACCGCACCGCGAGGAACGAGCAGCAGAAACAAAAGUUCCUGGUCGGCUUCAAUGAAGUUAUUACAGACCCGAUUCUCAUGCGGCUUGAAGAUCCGACGCUAGAACCCGGGUUCCAAGAUCCCCGAAAUUGUCUCGUACUAUGGGCCAGGCCGCCGGGUCACGUUCUAGAGCUCGCCAGCCACCUACAACACUUGUUGAAGCAAGCCGCACCGAAUCUGUGGCUUAUGCCCACGCAUAGGAUGCACAUGACCGCCAUGGAGAUAGCUCACUCGCGCACGCCUGACGAGAUAUCGGCGCUAGUGGCAACUAUUCGCCCGACGACGGGCAAGCUGGUCAACUACUCUUACACCCAUCGUUCCAGGGUGGUGAAACCAAUGAUUGCCUAUGACCUUGCCGGAGUGGCCUUGUCGUUCGUGCCGGCUGCUGGCGAGCCGCUGGUGUCGUCCGACUCGGCGACGGUCUCCAACCGUGGGGAUGACGGCAGGCUCGAUGACGGCUACUCAUACCACCACCUGCGACGGGACGUUUGGGAUAUUGUCCGUACGGACGCCGGCAUCGAGGUCGGGUCGCGUUACGUCGUCCCGUCGGCUCACAUCACGCUUGGCCGCUACUUGACGCAGGAGGACCACGCUACCCCGGACGCCCGCGAGCGGUGGGUGCAAAAGAUCGACGAGAUCAACGCGUGGCUGGCUGCUGAGGUCUGGGAAAACCAAGACGAGCGAAUGGGUUUCGUGGGCGAGUGGCUCGUAGGGCAGGAGCGUGGUCUAGAUCUCCGGGCUGGAAGACUCUGGUACGGCGCGGGAAGAACUAUCAUGACGGGUGAAGGUUUCUGAGCGGAGACAAUUGUUGAGGAAUAGAGAGAUGGAGAGGUAUGGGUCAAAAUUGAAACAUGGAAGUCAAAGUUUGACACUACUGUCGUCCUGGUCCCACCUAUCGUCACUAUACCGUAGAGGUCAGGCCCAGCGUGC